AUAUGUUAAGCGGGGCAUCUGUAUUGGCGGCCGCUUUAGUAUCAUGGAAUGGUACAGAUGGGAUUGCAAGAUUAAAAUGUAAAAAGGAACAACCACCAAGGCCAUUAAUCAAAUCUUCGGGUCUCGAUCCAAUUACAAUUUUAGGAUCAGCACCAGAUUGUGGACAAUUGUGGAUAGGUCAUUUAUCUGGUAGAAUAACCGUGCACACAUACACAGUUAUAAUAAGCAAGAUUGAUUUCAAUUUAACGCCGGCAUCGAUUUUGCUAGCUCAUCAAAAUAGAAUAACAACAAUAUCUUUAUCUCGAGCAUUUAGUAUUGCUGUAACAGGUGACGCAAUUGGUGUUAUCGUUAUUUGGGAUUUAAAUAGUUUAACAUAUAUAAGAUCGAUAUCCUGUGAUCAAAAUUAUCCUAUUUCUUUACUAUCGAUUAGCGAAACUCUUGGAGAUAUAGCAGUUACUUACGAAGUUCCUAAGAUAAGUGAAAAUACGUCUUCCAAUGAAUCCGAAUUGAAAGUAUUUACAAUAAAUGCAAGAGCAGUUGGAUCAAUUUUAUCAAAAACAAAAAUAACAGCUGUUUGCUAUAGCAAUGCACCAGAAGGAGUUUCAGUGAAUGUUAUUGCAACAGGAUUAAAUAAUGGUGUAAUAAGAUUAUGGAGUAGUUGGGACUUAAAAUUAGUCAGAGAAAUUAUAAAUGGUAUGAAAGGAUGCGGAGCAAUAAUUGCAAUAGCAUGGGCUUUAGAUCAACAUCAUUUUUAUGCCGUAACAGAAGACUUCACAAUUCUCAUAUGGGAGGGAUCUAAACGUCUGAGUAAUGGUACACCAAAAUUUGUGAAUUUAACAUCACUUUAAUAUAAAUAAACUAAGUCAAAAUAUUUCUUAA